GACGUAUAAAGAGCUGAAAGAAGAGUCUUCGCGACAAAGCAGCAGAGCCACUGGCACUCUGUCCUCCUUACCGACUGUUUCCUCAUGAUGUUCUCAGCUUCAUCUACUCUAACGGCGAUCUUCAUUGCGCCUCUUGUCCUCGGUCGCCCUUCAGGCAUUGAGACGGCUAAACGCUCCACUUGCACUGUGGAUUCGGUUGACUCUGCCUCCGACCUUUCGGAUUGCUCGGAUGUUGUCAUCUCCUCCUUCACAGUCCCCGAUGGAGAGACUGUUACAAUGAGCUUCGCAGAAGGUGCAACAGUCACUAUGACAGGCGAAGUCGCGUUCGCUAACACCACUGCGGACGGUCCAUUGAUCACGUUUGAGGGUACCGGCAUCGCAUUCGACGGAGGAGGAAACGCAUUCAACGGUAAUGGCGCGGACUACUGGGAUGGCCAGGGAACAAACGGUGGGGUGCCCAAGCCCCACCCUUUCAUGAGGAUCGAGGCGUCUGGGACAUUCUCAAACUUCGUCGUCUUCAACUCGCCGGCGCAGGCCAUCUCUGUAGAGGCUAGUGCAACUCUCGUUAUUGACUCGGUCUUCGUCAACAAUAGUGCUGGGGACAUCGACGACCUCGGACACAACACUGACGGGUUUGACGUCUCGAUGUCCGAUUUGACCAUCAUCAACUGCGUCGUCGAGAACCAGGAUGACUGUAUAGCGAUCAACGACGGCGCUAACAUUCUCUUCCAGAAUAAUACCUGCUCCGGUGGUCACGGGAUGUCUAUUGGCUCGAUCGCCUCGGGAAAGACUGUGUCGAACGUAUCUUUUAUCGAUAAUGCUGUUAGCAAUUCGAUGUACGGCACUCGCAUCAAGGUGGACGCAGACGCGACGAGCGGGAGCGUCAGCGGCGUGACGUGGUCUGGGAACACGAUUAGUGGGAUCACUUACUAUGGCGUCCUGAUCACCCAGUCAUACCCCGACAACGACGGUACACCCGGGAACGACACCACAAUCACUGACGUCAACUUCGUCGGCAGUCCUACCACUGUGACUGUAGAUGCUGGUGCUUACCGGGUAACGGUGGAUUGCGGGAACUGCUCUGGCACCUGGGACUGGUCUGAGCUCACCGCGACAGGAGGCGACGCUGGCACUAUCGCCUCGGAUGAUGCCACGAUCGAGGGUGGUUCCUAUUGACUGAAAGUUUGCAACGGUAUGAGGUCGAAGCGAUGUUCUUCAGGUCUUCGGCUUUUUUUUUCCUCCACGGGGCCUUGCGAGUCUGCAGCAGUGUGUCGCCAUUUUGACGUACAUUUCCAUUAUUCAUGACAAAAUAAAUGCAUGACUUCGCUUGUCUGUCUGGAUCAUUGGCGUCGCUUCACAUUCCAUUCAGCACAAUUACAUAACGACCUUGCUGUUC